CCUUGAUGCCCUCCAUACCGCCGCACUCACUGCAGAGAAUUGAUCGCUCAGUUUGUUAACCCUAUGAUGUUGCGGGGAACCUUUGCGCGUAGCGCAGGAAAACUUUUCAAUCCCUAAUUCCUUUUUUCUUAGGAAGCUUGCAGCCGGUGGUCACAGAAAGGCAGUAGUGGUCUCAAGGAAGCUGCGACACAAAUCCUUAUUUGACUCAUUGGUCGCAGUGAGGGUGUGGGGUGGGAGAAGCAAAGCCAAACCGAUGAUCGACCUGGACACAUAUUUCUUUCUUCUUAACUUCGUAUCCUAUUGGAAAACGACAUAAACAGUCUAAGCUUUAGUGGUCUUUGAUCAAAGUCUCGUUUUGGUCCCCACAAGAGAUCUCUUUUGAAUACCCAGAAGCCUAGAAACUCAUUUUUAUGACGAUGGCUACCCAGUGCUGCAACACUAGCAAUCCCGAUUCCGAUUCCAAUUCCAAUUCCAACUCCAACGCUUGUUCUUCAAGCAUAGUCACCGCCGCUACCACCACCACCCCACCUGACGGCCCUUGGAAGAAAUUAUCAGAAACUCAGAACAUUCAACUUCCGAUGGAUUCUGUGAUAGAUGCUUCGUCUUGGCCCGCUCUCUCUUCUAAGAGAGUUUCCUCUCCUCCUGAGGUGAUAAUACCUGAAUCGUCGUCUCUCUCGGCAGCCAUCGAAAUAGCUGCAGGCAACGACUAUGCUAAUGAGUCUUCUGCAACUAUUGAUUCGAAGGUUUCAGUUUCUGUUUCGGUCUCUGUAUCUAUUGAUCGCUCCGAUUCUGGGUCGGAGCAGGAUAAAUUGAUUUCAAUGUCCUCAUCGUCUACCUCAUCUACUCCAUCAUCAUCGAGAGGGACUAAUUCUAGGCCUUUUCAGAAUCAGUCUCCAAGACAAUAUAACUUUGGCCAUAACCAGAAUCAGCAUUACCCUUCUGGUCAUUUUGGUUCAAACCAGAGAGGGAAUGGUUUCAAUGCCAAGGGAGGAAACAGAGGAGGUAAUGGAUUUCCAAAUCAGAGUUUUUCGAAUCGGCGUCAUCAACAACGUGGAUUCAACAACAAUUGGAGUCACAAUCGUGGUGCCCAACCUAGAUUCGUGAAUUCUCAGCAGCAUGGAUUUGGUAAUGGUCCAUCUGGGUUUCUUGGGCCACCGCCGCUACCACACUCUUACCCUUAUUCGACUCCAACUCCGACUCCAAUGGUUAACACUACAUACCUCAAUGUCAAUGUGAACCAUCCACCACCACCGGCACCAGCUCCAGUUCCGGGUCCUGGCUAUGCUCCGGGUCCUGUUCCUGGCUAUAUACUUCCAUAUGGUUAUUAUGGUAAUCCAUACUUUUCAGAGGCCUCAAAUCAAUUGUAUUACCCUUCAGUGCCUUCGGUACCUCUGCCAUCGCCACCACCACCACCACCACCUUAUAUGGAUGCAAUAAGUGGAACACCAACUAACAAUCAGCCUAUUUUGCUUAACCCAGAAGUUGGACUGUGCAAUACAAUACUAUAUCAAAUUGAGUAUUACUUCAGUAAGGAGAACUUGGUUAAGGAUGCUUACUUGAAGAGUUUAAUGGAUAAUGAAGGCUGGGUCUCUAUUCAUGUUAUCGCAGGGUUUAGAAGGCAUCAGGUGCUCAGUGAUCCAUCUAGUAGCUGGUUCCCUCAGGAUAGCUGGAGCUCGCAGGCAAGAUCUAUCUGGUAAAGCCAAUGAUUAGAGGCAUUGGGGGCGCAAUGCCCUUGACCUUUUCUCAAACUUUAAAUAGUGGGACGGUGUGGCUGCUUCGUUGAGCCACGCCACGCCACUGAAUCGAGAGCAAGUGGGCCAUUUUUGGUAAGCAGAACUGGCUAUGUGGAAUGAACCGGAAGCCAGGUUACGGUGCCGGAUUGCGCACUAACCUGAAACCCAAAGGGUGUUGGUUGAUUAAGAAAGCGGGUGCAAUUUUUUCUAGGUGCCUCUUAUGUACUAAAGUAUAUUUUAAUCUAAAGAUGGUUUCUUUACCUAGGCUUGUGUAUUUAGGGUGGUGUGUUCUCACAGGAGAUGACUUUAAAUUAAGUUAGCUUGAUGAUUGUUGUGCGUUUCAAUAUCAUUGGAGAUAAAUAUUUGGACACAAAUUUUCCUACUUCCCAACAGGUGAUCGUUGUUCCACUUCCAUUUCUUUGAUUUGGGGAGGAAGCACACAGGAUUUGUCUCACCUGAUAUUAUGCUGCCUUCUAAUUCUUCAUUGUUAUAGGGUCUUUUUAGUAUCCCUCGUGUGUUUUAUUUUCCUUAUGAAAGACAAUGGGAUUAUCAGCAAGUGGAAACUGAAGAUCCUUUUAAAUAUCAGUUACUCAUACAAGGAUAACACCAAAUGAACGUUGUAGGCAUUACCAUCUAAGUCUGGGCUAUUGCAUUUACAAGGGGAAGAAAGGGGAAAAACAACUGAUAAAGUAAACUAUAUCCCCCCUUGAGUACUUGCUGGGCCUUUUCGCAUUUUUACCUUUUCCUUUUAAAUUGUUUAUAUCAUCAUUAAUAAUGUUCUUUUGUUCCAUAUUUAUCCAAUUCUGGCCUGAGAGAAGAUCAUGAAUCAUUAAAUUACAUUUCAAUUAUUCUUUUUUUUUUUUUUUUUUUUGAAUUCAGUCCCUUUAAUUUAUUUCUUUUUUAUGUCUUAUUCUUUUUUGUACAUUAUUUAUUAUU